AUGGCUACCGGAGAUGCAAAAGAAAGUAGGGACAUUCCACCGGGUACUAAAGUGGUUUGUACAACUUGCUUAGAUGAAAAGAUUGAAGGAGAAGUUGUGGCAUUUGACUACGGAGCCAAAGUUUUGAUCAUAAGUAUCCUUUUUCAUUCCGAUGAGUUGUGUUUGGCGGGUAAAUAUCGUAUGUAGUUGGUCGAUAGACACAUGAAUGUGUCUUUUGAAAAGUUUUUUCCUUGUUUGUCAUAACAAUUCAAUUUUUCAUGUUUAGUGAUCAAGAGAGUUGUAGGAAAAGUUAUCAUCGACGUUACUACUUUUUUAUCUUUCUGCAAAUGUCAGAAUUUACGCUUAAUCAUGUACAACUUCAACUUAGCUUCGUGUUUGACUGCAAGGAGAACUUUGUUUCCAUCUUUGAAGAUCAAGAGACGGAUUUUUGAGAAAUUUUAUUCCAUGACAAAAGAUCCUAUGAACAAAAGGUUUUCAUUUUUUGAUCCUUCGAUAUGAUCUGAUGUGUUCGGAAACGAAAAAAAUAUCAAAUAAGCAAGCACGUAGCUAAAAGGUUGACCUUAAAUUUGUUAUUACUUUGAGUAGUUGAGCUUAUAAGCUUACCCUAGCCGAAAAGAAAUCGAAAAUUUCUUUACGUUACGUAAGAUCAUCCGGAAAGGAAGAAUUCAAGAGAGAGCUUUAAUAUCGAAACAGCAGACUCAUUAAAUUAAGCAGUUGCUAAUAUGAGUUUCUCAUUUUAUAUGCAGCAGAGAAUAGUUUUUGAGAGUCGAGGCCCUUGCUUUCAGGGUUAAUUCUUAAAGUUGGUGUUGGGGGAAAAAAUGGGUAACAACACCUGUAUUGAAAAUACAUUUUAUUGGAAAAUAAAAUUAUUUUAUACCAUGCAAUACUUUAAGUAUUGCAUAAUAGGUUAUGUUUUUGUUCAUGUGCUUAUGACAGUAUAAAGUGGAUGAAUUUUGACAGUACAAAAUUUGGCAUAAAACAUAUCAUCUUCCUUUUGCAACAUGGGAUCCUUCUGCAAAAAAAAAUGUCCGUGGUUGAAUGAAAAAAAAGCUGGCACUGUUCAACUAUGUAAAUGCUACAUGCCUUUUACAUAGAUUUAAGUUCAAGGUUGCAGGCCAGGCAAUAUUUCCAAUUAAACUGACUUGAAGAGUGAAAAUCUUGACGUUUUGCUUUUGAAUAAAUAGCAAACAGAAAGAACUAAACCUAUUUGGUCAUCUUACGAUGGAAGUAAAUUUUAUUAAUUUUUAUAUUCAUGUAUUUACUUUUAUAAGUAAUAUCCAUGGUGACAUAGAAGAUUCAAAAGUUGGCAGCAUUCAAGAUAGUAUAAGCUGUAACCAUGGAUUUUUGUUUAGAUGGCCAGAAUGUUACAGUUAACACACUGGUGUAAAUUGGUUGAUGUAAAAUAAUAAAUUAAAUCAAGUUAAAAAGCUAAAAAUGUCACAAGACAUUCAGACAACUUCCUGUAACCUUUUUAUUUCAUUAGGGUUAGGGUGUGAAGGCUGUAUUAAUUGGUUCGCCAUAAGCUCUGGUUACUAGCAAAAAUCACCACCUGGUCAUUACAGAAGUGCUGGCUACUUACAAAAGAGCUGAUAAAAAAUAAUUGCUUUGAACUAAAAAUCCCACGCUUUUGAGAACAUAAAUGUUUGGACUUGGAAAGUCACAGAGGGUAAUUAUUGUGACAUAUAGCUCCUUCAUUGAAAUUUGGAAAUAACAUCUGAUUAGUUUGAUGAGUCCUUAAUAUGUUGUAGAAUCAACAAAAAAUACCAAGAAAAAUGUGAUGGACAUUAAGAUGCUGAACAUAGGCCUAAUGAAAAGCCUUGAAGUUACAGAACUGUCCACAAAACCAGCACAGUCACUACCUAUCGUGGAUGUGGACAAACUUGAUAAGAAAAUAAAUACUGCUCUGGAGCAAAAACGACGGGCAGCAGAAAAAAUUGGAGUCAAUGUAACACCAGGAGCACAAAAGCUGUUUGAUACCAUCAAUAAAACGUAAGUUACAUGUGUUUAUUCUUGAAAAUUUUUCACUUUGCUGGGCACAAAUCCCCACUGGCCUCCACCAUUUUACAGAAAUCUGUCAGAUUUUACAUAAUAAAUAUAUAUUUAAUGAUUAGAAACACUUUCCUAGUUGAAAUCUGGCCAUUAUCCCAUAUGAAUGAUGCAGAACCUCAGGAAAGCGGACUUAACAGAGUUAAAAAUCCAAAAACUUUCCUGGGAGAACCCCAGACCCCCUAGAAGCUUGCGCCUUUGGCACUCAUUUGGAGAUUGGUCAGUAUUUAUCCUAGAUCCGUGCCUGCUUGCAAGACACACAAUAAUGGAAAAUUAUCCGACUUCAAGGAACAUGUUACAAUAAUAAAUUAUUUUAACAUGUUCCUUGAAGUCGGAUAAUUUUCCACACAAAAGGCACAGUAAAUCUUUCAUCUAUUUGCUUUGAUUUUAACAUAAUUUUUUUAACACCAUCAAGUUAACAUUAUAAUACAGGGCUGCAAAUAAUGAAAGAGUCGCAUUUUGGAGUACUGCUUGCCAGUGCAUAAUACAGCUCGGGACUAAAUGGGUUGAAAAAAUGCACAGUGAACUUUCACAUGGAAUUUUCCCUCUCAAAACUGUGUAACUGAAUAAUAAUUUGAAAGUCCCUAACAUCUCUGCUUCUUAUUUGUUUGUUUUGUUUUAUCAACAGUUUUAAUGAUGUUAAGUGGGACGGUCAAACCAUUGUUGUCAUGGGUGACCUAAAAAUUGAACCACCGUACAAGGAGAGUACUUGCUAUGGCAAUGAAAAAUCACGAGAACACAUCAUCAAGAUUGUAAGUAAUUCUUGUUUUUCAUGAAACUGAACUUUGCUUGAUUUUCAGAAACAGUAAACUACUUUUGUGGUCAAGAUUAAAGGGCAUAGUCAACUCCAUUUAUUAUCGUGCAACUACUCGAACCAAGGCCCUUGGAAGAAGAUUAUCCCAUGACAACGUUUUUUAAAACAAAAGAUUCUCAAGUUUUUUUGCAAACAAUGCAAUGAAAUUAAAGGUUUAAAACCCUUUGAACUUAUGAGGUACCUAACCUUUCAGGAAACAGCUCUCAAUUCAUGAAUGUUCUUGUUCUGUUUACAAAAAUAAAACUAAUUGAAUAUUGAAAGACUAUAACAAUUCCAGUUAUCCCUGAAAAUUUGAGCCCAAUAUACCGAUUCUUUUCGGAGAAAUUCUCUUCCAAAAACUUGAAAGUAUACAAAGAAUAUAUGAUCUCAUUAGCAUUUUUGCAACCCAACAAUUUCGCAGUUUUUGAUUGCUGCUAUUUCCUUUGUUAUUGAUUGCAAGGAGCUGAAAAUUGUACAAACUUCACAAAAUAACCAGCUCUUUCAACUUUUGCACCUACAUGUAAUUUGUACAUGUGACAACGUCUUCCAUGGGUUAACUGGUUAAAAAAGUAAACAAAUAAAUUAUGUCAACAAAGGUUUGCCAAUUAGGAAACAGUUUUGGACCUUAAUGUAUCAACCCUCUUUAAAUUGACAAGCAAGGACUUCUAUCUCAUGUGUAUUCUUAGGUCAGGAAACAUAACGAGGAAGAGAGAAAUGGUCUUGGAUAA